ACGCGGCUGGGAGCGGCGGAAGCGGAAGCGGCCGUGGAGCGCAGCGGGGGAGGAGGAUGUUGUACUUUGCCUUUGCCAACCGGCUGCUGCCAUGGAUAUACCAGUCUUCAUUCUUGCGGGGCUCCUUGUGCAUUGUGUGUUCUUGGUCUCCAUUUUUGACAUCUACUUCAGCUCUCCCCUGGUCCAUGGAAUGACUCCUCAGCAGACUUCGCUGCCACCUCCGGCAAAGCGUCUCGUGCUUUUUGUUGCCGAUGGUCUGCGGGCAGAUUCUCUGUAUGAGCUGGACAGCAAUGGCACAGCCCGGGCGCCUUACCUGCGGAGUGUUCUAGAGAACAAUGGCAGCUGGGGAAUCUCUCACACCCGGGUCCCAACAGAAUCCAGGCCAGGGCACGUUGCACUUAUUGCUGGAUUUUAUGAGGAUGUCAGUGCAGUUGCUAAAGGAUGGAAGGAGAAUCCAGUGGAAUUUGACUCAGUUUUCAAUGAAAGUAAAUAUACCUGGAGCUGGGGAAGCCCAGAUAUUUUGCCAAUGUUUGCAAAAGGUGCUACUGGAGAUCAUGUUUAUACAUUUUGUUAUGCAGCAGAAAGUGAAGACUUUGGAGCAGAAGAUGCAGCCAAGCUUGAUAUGUGGGUUUUUGAUCACGUUAAGAGCUUCUUUAAUUCUUCCAGAAACAAUCAAACAUUGUUCUCUGCACUGAAUGAAGAAAAGGUGGUUCUGUUCCUGCAUUUGCUAGGCAUAGACACCAAUGGACAUGCUCAUCGGCCAAACUCAAGGGAGUACCAGGAGAAUAUUAAACAAGUUGAUGAGGGUGUGAAAGAAAUUGCUUCAUUGAUUGACAAUUUCUAUGGAAAUGAUGGAAAGACUGCAUUUAUUUUGACUUCUGACCAUGGAAUGACAGAUUGGGGAUCCCAUGGAGCUGGUCAUCCCUCAGAAACUUUAACACCGCUGAUUGUUUGGGGUGCUGGGGUAAAUUACCCACAGAAAGUUACAACCCAGUUCUUUGAAGACAAUUUUUUGAAAGAAUGGAAAUUGGAGAACUUGAAGAGGCUUGAUGUCAAUCAGGCUGAUAUAGCACCACUGAUGGCUUCCCUUAUCGGUGUGCCUUUCCCCCUGAACUCUGUGGGAACUCUACCUCUGGAGUAUCUGAACACUAGUGCUCUUUUCAAAGCAGAGAGCAUGUUUACCAAUGCUGUUCAGAUUCUUGAGCAAUUUAAGGUUAAGAUGAGUCAGAAAAAGGAAACUACAUUGUCAAUUCUGUUCACACCAUUCAAACCACUUUCUGCUUCGGAACAGAUCAACUUUAAAAAAAUAAGACUAUAUAUUGAGCAGCAGAAGUACGAUGAAGCGGUAUCCCUGUGCAAAACCCUGAUUAACCUUGCUUUGGAAGGCUUGUCUUACUACCACACCUAUGAUAGAUUAUUCCUGGGUCUGAGCAUUGCAGUGAGUUUUGUGGGCUGGACAACUUAUGUGAUUUUGGUCAUUAUCAAGGCCCAUACCAAUUUGACCAAGACUGUCCCAACUAAUAAAAAGAAAUCUACUGUUCUCUUCUAUGGUUUUGCCUCUGCUGGAAUGAUAAUAACUUUUUUCCUGUUGAUUCAAACAUGUCCUUGGACAUACUAUAUAUACUGUCUCUUGCCAGUGCCGGUUUGGUAUGCAGUUGUGAAAGAAAUUCCUGUCAUUCAAGACCUUGCCACAAAUGUUUUGUCACUUCAUAUUGGUCAGUCUGCAGGAUUCCUCUUGGUUUGUAUACUGGGAAUUGAAAUACUGGUCUUCAGCUUUUUCUACCGCUCUGCACUUACUGUUGGCCUCCUUGUCUUUGCUGGCUGGCCAGUGAUCACACAGCUGUGGAUUCAAGCUAAGACAAAAGCAUUGAUCUGGACUCUCCUGUGUGUGCUGCUGGCAAUAUUUCCAUUAAUGCCUGUUGUAGGAAGAGAACCAAACAUUCCUCUGGUAAUAGCAGCUGGUUUGCUGACCAUCUUGAUAUCUUUCUUCUCGUUGGCAUCUCUUUGCAAAAGUGAAAAUAAGUACAGAGAUAAUGAAGAUCUGAAAGUAUAUUUUUAUCAGAUCUUCAGUGUUGCACUUUCGACAUAUGUUGUGGGCAGUACCCAUAACAGUCUUAAGAUCAAACAGGGAUUACCUGUAAUGAAUCAAAUUAUUAGCUGGAUGACACUAGUUUUUUCCCCAGCGUUGCUGCUACUGAGCCCCACGUUUCUCUUUGAGAGACUGUUCAGCAUAUUGCUCUCCCUGAUGUCCACCUACCUGCUCCUCAGCACAGGAUAUGAAGCUCUCUUUCCACUGGCACUGUUUGGUUUGAUGUUUGUUUGGAUAAAUAUGGAACAAGAAGCACUGCAGCACUAUGGUCUUUCUCUCAAACCAAAGCUUGCUGUUUUCAACUUCACCUGUACUAUGGAUAUAACUCAGUUCCGACAGCUCCACCUGGAUGAUGUCCGGAGGUCCUUCUUCUUUGUUUUCUUCAUAGUGACAGCCUUUUUUGGCACUGGAAACAUAGCUUCUAUUAACAGUUUUGAUCCUGCUUCUGUCUAUUGUUUCUUGACUGUGUUCAGUCCCUUCAUGAUGGGAGGCUUGCUUUUACUGAAGGUUGCAAUCCCGUUUGUUCUGGUAUCAUGUGCUUUCGAAGCUGUUCAAGUCACAACACAGCUGUCUUCUAAGAGCCUUUUCCUCAUUGUUCUUGUGAUUUCAGACAUUAUGGCUUUGCAUUUUUUCUUUUUGGUUAAAGAUUAUGGAAGCUGGCUGGAUAUUGGCACAAGCAUCAGCCACUAUGUGCUGGUGAUGUCGCUGACCAUAUUUAUGAUGGUGAUGAAUGGACUGGCCCAGCUGUUAACUACACGGAGACUUGGACUUCCCAGAAGGAAUAAGCACCAUUCCAUGUGAUGAAGCAUCCUCAGACUUCCUCUGAACCAACCUCCAGCUGUGGAAUGUAAAUAAGGGUUAAUGGACUGGAAUGCCAAAAUCCCAUCCAGCGAUCAGAGUGCUGUGCUGAUGCAGAUUAAAUGCUGUCACAUGACUGAAAUUUGCAUUUCAGGGUUGCCAUUUAGAUACCAGUGGGAAU